AUGAAUUACGUUGGCAAGGGAUGUAUUCUCAGAGUUGUUUUGAUGUUUACGUUUUUUGCACAUGGGUUUCUUUGGACUUUCCGAGAGGAGAAGGAAGAUGCAGACAGAGAAACGUGUUCAGAAAACAAAAUUUCCACGACCAAAUAUCCAUGUGUGAAAUCCACGGGGGAGGUCACUGCGUGCUACCGGAAGAAGUGUUGUGAGGGCUAUAAGUUUGUGCUUGGACAGUGCAUUCCUGAAGAUUAUGAUGUGUGUGCUGGUGCCCCCUGCGAGCAGCAGUGUACAGAUCAUUUUGGCCGUGUGGUGUGCACCUGUUAUCCUGGUUAUCGAUAUGACCGCGAACGCCAUCGAAAUCGUGAAAAACCCUACUGCUUGGACAUCGAUGAAUGUGCCAACAAAAACGAGACAGUCUGUUCACAGAUCUGCGUCAAUACUCCGGGAAGCUACAGGUGUGAGUGUGAGAAGGGUUUCUUCUUGGAGGACGACGGGAGAACAUGCACUCAGGGUCAAAAACCUCCACUCUUUGAGAAGUCUGAUAAUGUGAUGAAGGCUGGGACAUGCUCUGCUACGUGUGAAGACUUCCAUCAGAUUAAGAUGACUGUACUUCAGCUUAAACAAAAGAUAGCCAUGUUACCAAGCAAUGCUGACACCAGCAAGCAGAUGACCAAGGAGAAGGUGCUGACAUCACACUCUUUUCUGCCUGGACCUCCAGGCCAACCCGGGCCUCCUGGGGUUCCAGGGCCUAAAGGUUCUCCUGGACCCCCAGGAAUGAUUGGUCCUCCAGGACAGCCUGGGCCCCGGGGUCUAAUGGGGCCAAUGGGACCCUCACCAGAUUUAUCCCACAUCAAACAGGGUCGUCGUGGACCUGUGGGUCCUCCUGGUGCUCCUGGCAGAAAUGGUAUGAAGGGGGAGAGAGGAGUUCCUGGACUUCCCGGACCUCCAGGCCCUCCAGGAUCUUUUGAUUUUUUGUUGCUGUUGAUGGCAGAUAUUCGUAAUGAUAUAGCAGAGCUUCAAAGUAAAGUGUUUGGGAAGCAGAUGCAUUCACCUGGUGAGGACUUCCCUUUGGCUCCAGACAGUUGGAGGGACAGUCAGGAUGUCUUAGACUCUGGGUCAGGAGAGGACUACAGAUUCCAGCCUCCUCACAAAGGAAACAGGAAGAGGAAAUCAUCCCAGGCUGUAGGUGAAACUGACUGGACAAUUUGA